AUGGAAGAUUUUGGCAAUAACCAAAGUGAUUAGAAACACGAAUACUCUAUCAAGAAGGCGAAAGCUCUUGGUAAGCUUAUUAAAUCAGAGGUGGAAAAGCUUAGAUAGCUAAAGAAAAUCAAAAAGUCUCAGGAAUAAGAAAAGAGAGAAGUUUUGAGAAGUCUAGAGAGCAUUCUUGAGAAUACUCUCGAUAUGAUGAGCACAGAAGAUGCCAGAUAUUUUCUGACAAGGAAAAUUAAUGAAUUCUAGAUCAAAAUCAAUACUAAUCCAGCUAAUGCAGACCUUCUUUCACAUAAUAUUGUGACAUCAUUGGAAACUCCUUAACUCUCAGUAGAGGAUCAAAAGACUGAGGAUAUCAAAUCAUAAGAAAUACCAGAAGUAUAAGUUGAAGGAUAAACUUGGGAGAAAAUAGGAGAAAACUUCUCAGAUGUCUCAAUGUCCUAAGAUGGUUAAAUAUUUGCCAUUGGUUCUCAGUCUAUUGGCUAUGGAGGCAAUGCUAUCUAUCAAUUUGUAAAUGGAGGAUGGGUCUAGAUCCCAGGAGAAGCUGUAAAGAUUUCAGCAUAUAAGCAAGGGGAAAUUUGGUCUGUAAAUACAAGCGGAAAAGUCUGGUAGAAGCAAAACGAUUAAUGGGUUGCAAGAUCUGAUAUUGGCACUGCCGCUGAUGUUGCAGUAGGAGAUGAUGGAUCUGUCUGGAUUACAUGUGCCUAACAGACUAAAGACAAGGGCAUUAACAUUAUGUAUUACGACUUUUCAAGCUAGAAAUUCAUGAAAGUAAAUGGAUUCGGACAAUAGAUAGCAGUAACAAGAAAUGGAGAACCUUUGAUUGUCUUAGAGAAUGGUGAGGUAAUUUUGAGAAAAGGCAGAGAAAUCCAAAAAAUAAACAUUUUCGCUACUAAUGUAAGUAUCACUAGACUGGAUGAGCUCUGGGCUGUGAGUGCCAGCAAGGUUGAUGGUGGAUAUCAGAUCUACAAGGGACAACUUCAAGCUGAAAUUACCUGGGAAGAUAUGCAAAUUUCUGGGGUGAAGGUCUCAGCCUAUGAUAAAACUGCAAUUAUCGUUAAUGAAUGGGGAGAAGUUUACAGGUAUAGAAAUUGA